AUGCGCGUCGCCUGGGUUUGCGCCGCCGCGGUUGCCGCGGCGUUAGACCCGAACGUCCUGGAGGCCUUCCGCAGCGGCGACGCGGACCACGACGCCCGCCUGGACCCCGACGAGUUCGAGGCCGCGCUGGCGAGCCUCUACGUGGCGCGGGCGAGGACGGGCGCGAUCGCGCCGCCCGCGCCCGCGGCGCCGCGCAAAGGCGCCGCCGCCGCCGGCGACGCGACGCCGGCGGGCGGCGCCGGCUUCGCGCGCGCGUUCGUGAACUCCAUGGGCAUGAUCUGGGCGACGGAGGUCGGCGACAAGACGUUCUUCAUCGCGGCGAUCCUGGCGAUGCGCCACGCGCGGCUCGUCGUCUUCGCCGGCGCGCUCGGCGCGCUCGCGGUGAUGACGGUGCUGUCGGCGCUGCUGGGCCUCGCGCUGCCGUCCCUCCUGCCGCGGACCUACACGCACUACGCGAGCGCGGGCCUCUUCCUCUACUUCGGGCUGCGGCUGCUGCGGGACGCGCGGAGCAUGGAGACGGGGACCGUGUCCGAGGAGCUCGAGGAGGUCGAGGAGGAGCUGGGCGUGGGCGCGGGCAAGAAGCAGGACGCGCCCGGCGACGCCGAGGCGGGCGGCGCCGCGGCGCCGCGCCCCCCCGGGGCCGGCGACGGCAAGGGCGAGGCGCUCCGCGUGCUCUCGCAGGCGUUCGCGCUCACCUUCCUGGCGGAGUGGGGCGACCGGUCGCAGAUCGCGACGAUCGCGCUCGCGGCGGCGAAGGACCCGUACGGCGUCGUCGCCGGGGGCGUCGUGGGCCACGCCAUGUGCACGGGCCUCGCGGUCGUGGGCGGCCGCAUGCUCGCGGCGCGCAUCAGCGAGAAGCACGUCGCCGUCUGCGGCGGCCUGAUCUUCCUGGGGUUCGCGGUCUACAGCUUCCUCGUCGAGGACCCCCAGGCGUAA